AUGAGCGGCACAGAUGCGGCCGCUGCUGUUUCUUUGCCGACGUCAGUUCUUGCUACCGUCAAGCUCGUCCAUGUCUUCGGCGGCAUAUACAUAUGGGAGUUUGUGACCAGUUUAGACUUCGAGGUGGAGGUGUACAUGCGGAAGAGGCCAUGGCGUUGGUCUCUGCUUGUCUAUAUCGCAGCCCGCGUCCUCGCCCUCGGUGCUAUCAUCACCGAGUUCUUCGGUUUCGACUAUCCUUCGGCCUUCAACUGUAGCGCGUGGUAUCGCGCUACACUGGUCUUCUCUUUCGCCGCUAUCAUGCUUUCGUCGUUGAUGAUUCUUCUGCGCGGGGUCGCCGUCUGGGGUCGAUCCAUCUACGUUGUUGUCUUCUCGUCUUCUGUCUGGCUCGGAAAUGUUGCUGUUGCUAUCUGGACUAUGUCGCUGGGUGAAGCAGUAUGGUUCCCGGCCUUAGGCACCUGUGCCAUUACCGGCGCUGAGAAGCUGCGGGUUGGAAUUCUCGUGGACUUGUUUGCGGACGUUAUCCUCUUGACAAUUAUGUUGGCCGGUGUCAUGAACAAGCGAAAUGGAACUGGUCUCUGGCGUGUAUUAUAUAUUCAGGGACUUUCGUGGUUCCUCAUUGCUGUUUGCUCCAAGGUCCCGCCAAUUGUAAUGGGCUUCUUGAACAUCGACGUAGGCUGGAAUCUGAUGUUCAACACUCCGCAUUUGAUUAUCAUUGUCAUCGUCGCAACGCGCGUCUACAGGGAGCUCUUUGUCUACAUCACCCCAACAGCCGCCCAACGCUCCCGCCUACCACGCCCGCCCCAGUUCCAGAACGCAGAAGCCGCCAUGCAAAUCACCGUUCAAAAGACGGUCGAGUUUGACGUGGAGCUGGCACCCCAGUCGUCGUCCCGACAUGACUACGGCAACCUUUCCGAGCAAGUCAUCUCGCGAGGAGAGCAGGAGGCGAAGGAUAUGUACUUCGCUCUCUGA